AAAAAGGACAGAUGGAGCGAGAUAAAAUUGUUCCUGCAUCUUCCGUAGCACAAACGAUAAACAAGUCAGUUCUGAACGGGCUUAUCAAUUUUAUCCCUUCUAUCACCAAUUAAAUAAUUUAUUUAAAUAAAAUAUAUUUUAAUGUAUACGUUCGGUCAAUGGCUCCGUAGAAGACUGUGUAUUUUUUCAAUUGAAAAUAAUUCAGCGGCAAGAUGAAAAUUUAUAAAUCAAACUUUCUGUUGAUGUUUUAUUUUUUUGGUUUAAUUAGUAAUGAGGUCAUCAAAAAACCGACUGUUUUAAUUGGAAUACUUGUGAGGAACAAAGCUCAUACAUUACCUUUUUUUUUAACUCUUCUUGAGAAUCUUGAGUAUCCUAAAGAUCGAAUAAGUCUGUGGAUUCGCAGUGACAAUAAUAUAGACAAUUCAAUUGAAAUAUUAAAUGUCUGGCUAAAUGAACAAAUGUCAAAUUACCAUUUGGUAAAUGUUGUGCUGGAUGAAAAAUCAAUGGGAAUCGAAGAUGAAGACGGUAUUGCUGAUUGGUCAACAAACCGUUUUACCCAUGUUAUUAAUUUACGUGAAGAACUAUUUGAUUUUGGACGUAAAAUCUGGGCUGAUUAUAUUUUCAUGCUAGAUGCUGAUGUGUUUCUGACAAAUCCACGAACUCUAGAGCUUCUAGUAGCCAAGAAUAAAACCGUAGCAUCUCCAAUGUUGAAAUCUGAUGGUAUGUAUAGUAAUUUUUGGGCGGGAAUGACUUCCGAGUAUUAUUACAAGCGGACAGAACGUUAUACUCCGAUAUUAAAUCGGGAAGACCCGGGUUGUCAUGAGGUCCCGAUGGUUCACAGCGCAGUGCUCACUGAUUUACGAAGACAGAACAGCGAUUAUCUUACAUACAAAUCAGAUAAUUUAAAAAAUUAUGAUGGGCCUCAAGAUGACAUCAUAACAUUUGCUCGCUCUGCUAAUUUGUCUUCGACGUCUAUGUACGUUUGUAAUGAUGAAGUUUACGGAUUCGUCAUGGUGCCACUGGAGACUCAGGAUACACUGGAGCAAGAUUACCAGCAACUAACAAAUUUGAAGCUGGAGAUCCUGUCUCUGCAAGCCGAGUUGCCUCUUUCCCAGGCGAUGAAGAAGUUCAUCAAGUAUCCGAAGAAAGAUAAACUGGGUUUGGAUCGGAUUUACAUGAUCAAUUUGCGCAGAAGACCUGAAAGACGAGCCAGGAUGCAUCGUUGCUUCGAUGAACUGGGCAUUGAAGCAGAAACAGUCGACGCAGUUGAUGGAAAACAAUUAAAUGAAAGUGUUCUAAUAAACUCUGGAGUUAAAAUGAUGCCGGAGUACGCGGAUCCGUACCACAAAAGACCCAUGAAGAUGGGAGAGAUCGGCUGCUUUCUUAGUCACUACAAUAUCUGGAAUGAUGUCAUUGAUAAUAAUUACAACAGGAUCAUGGUGCUGGAGGAUGACGUUCGUUUCGAACCUUUUUUUCGCAACAAAGUAAACUUUAUCAUGAGAGAAUUAGACAGAUUGAAUAUCAACUGGGACCUUGUUUACCUGGGAAGGAAACGAAUGCAAGAGCAAGGCGAAGAGUACGUUGACGGCUCCGAUUAUUUAGUUUACGCCGGAUAUUCCUACUGGACUCUCGGCUACAUUCUGUCAGGGUCCGGGGCCAGAAAAUUACUGGACGCAAAACCGCUGGAUUCCCUCGUUCCCGUAGAUGAAUUCCUGCCGAUUCUUUUUGACAAGCACCCGAGAGUUAAUUGGAAAGGACAUUUUCCAAAACGUGAUCUCGUUGCUCUGUCCGCUGCUCCGCUUAUCAUUUACCCGACUCAUUACACCGGGGAAAAUGGAUACAUCAGCGACACUGAAAAUUCGGUAAUUAUUGCAGCGAAUCAAGCCAUCAAAAGAACUGAAUUAUGAAUAAAUAUAUAAAAUCCAUAUAUUUAUUAAUUUAUUUAAAAUAAACUGACUCAUUUUGAGUAAAAAUGUCAGGAUUAUUUAAAUAAAUAAAUAUUUUAAUGAGUGUGAAUGUAGCAGACGUCAAAUGAAUUUAAAGUUAUAAAUAAACUGAGUAAAUAAUUUAAAAAAUAAAAGUUAAAAAAAUGCACUGAUA